UAAUUGACAAAACGAUGCGAGCCCGCUGGAACUUGGAAACUUGAAACUUCGAUUCAGCGAGCGAGCGCAACCUCUCUGAUCUCUCUCUUCUUCCAUUCUUCGUUCAAUUCUCAGCACAACAGAAGAAGAAGAAGAAGAAGAAGAAGAAGCUCGAGAAGAAGAAGAAAAUGGUGUCAUCUCAGGUGGUAAACACAUACCCUCUUUCCAGCUACACCUUCGGUACCAAGGAGCCCAAGAUGGAGAAAGACACCUCCGUCGCCGAUCGUCUCGCUCGCAUGAAAGUCAACUAUAUGAAGGAAGGAAUGAGGACCAGCGUUGAAGGAAUUUUACUGGUCCAAGAACAUAAUCAUCCUCAUAUACUUCUCCUGCAAAUUGGAAACACAUUUUGCAAACUCCCUGGUGGUCGUCUCAAGCCAGGAGAGAAUGAAAUUGAGGGCUUGAAGAGAAAGUUGACCAGCAAGCUUGGUGCUAAUUCACCGGCUCUUGUGCCUGACUGGCAGAUUGGUGAAUGUGUUGCAAUCUGGUGGAGGCCAAAUUUUGAAACCAUAAUGUACCCAUACUGCCCUCCUCAUAUAACAAAACCCAAGGAGUGCAAGAAGCUCUUCCUUGUUCACUUGUCUGAGAGGGAAUACUUUGCCGUGCCCAAAAACUUGAAACUGCUUGCUGUUCCAUUGUUUGAACUCUAUGACAAUGUUCAGAGAUACGGGCCAGUUAUAUCCACCAUUCCUCAGCAGCUUUCCAGAUUCCAGUUUAAAAUGAUCACUAAUUGAACGUAAUUUCAAUUAGUUUCUUCCUUUUGUUAUCUUAAGAACUAGGAUUGAGUUAGUACCUGAUUAUCAUUGCAUUAGACUGGCUAGAGAACUGAGUCUUUUUAAGAGAGAUUUAUUUGAUAGAGUAGUUACCUUUUUAAAUAGAGUAGUUACAUGAUUAUUAUUUGUUAUUUUCGUGGUCUAUUUUUUAACGGAUUUGUAUCCUGCUUGUCAAGCUUGAGUUAUGCCCCCUAA